GCUAGGCGAAAGUUACUGUCGCGCUUUCUCUCUGACAGCUUUCAAAAUGACCCCCGGCGAUCAUUUCGUCACAUUGGCCGUUUGCUUGUGUGCGUAUUGGACUGUGCGUGUGUGAAACGGGGACGCACGGCGUGGAUGUGCCAGGCAAAAUGGAACCGUUGCGGAUUGUUGUGCUAACGGCUACGUUAGCGAGCUAAUCCGCUUUCUUAUCCCGGGGGAGCUAGCUAGCUAGCUAGCUAGCUAGUUAGCUAGCUUGCUUGCUUGCUUGCUUGCCUGCCUGCCACUCCCUCAACACCGCACAACACUCGGCUUCAGGGGGCUUCAUGUGACGUUGGGGGGGCGGGGGGGCUUGUGUUUAUUCACGGGGACCUACGUCACUCCACAGGGAAAAUACAGUAAGGUGUUGUUUUCCUGAUCCGUUUUCUAAAAGUCAGCCAUCAGUGACACCAUGUUCUCAUAGUGCUGAGCGAUAUGGUCUUGGGCAAAAUGGACUUUUUAGUGUUUUCAUAUAAACAGUUGUGGGCAUGGAGUGCCGAACUAAACACUAAGUUCCGGAAAUGCAUCUGGGAGCGAGACUUUUUUCACCGAUUAGGGUUUCAAGCCUUGGUUAGGCUUCCAAAAUAUGGUUUGGGUUUCCAAGUAGCGUUUGUAGCCAGCUUUCAGCUUCCCAAAUGGUGUUUCCACUAACCAGAGUUACAGUUUCAAGUUUGGAUUAUCUAGCCUAAAUUGCGCUUCACAAUUAGGGUUUCAAAGUAGGAUUGCAAGCCAGAAGAAUUACAAAAGAGGGUUUCAAGCCAGAGUUUGGCUUCCGAGUUCAGGUUUUUCAACGUUUUGGGUUUCAAGUUUAAUGCGGUUCGACUCUGUGAUGAAAUGCCACAGCCGACCUUACUAAAUCCAGCCUGUUGGUUGUUAUGGUAACAAAGGCCCGGCUCGCCAUUGGCCCAGCGCUAUUUUGUAGUGGGAUCAGCGCUGGCGUACUGUCCCAAAAAGCAGCCCAUUUCAACACGGCAAAAAAUACAUGUGUGUGCUUGUUGACCCUUGACCCCACAGACAUGUUAUCAAGACACCUGCGAAGUGUUUUCAAUUUCUAAAGUAGCGAUUGCAGCAUGUUAUCGCUAAAACACGUAAUACGCACGCAAAUUGUACGAUUAUGCUCACAUAGUUAAACAUUUUGAUGACCGUGGGUGGCGACUGUGUUACGUUACCACGGUAACAGCGUUGCAGGAAGCUGCGCUUGUUGUCGUCGUGCGAGCACGCUUCCAAUCACCAUCUGUAUGCCCGUGAGGAUGAGUGAGCUGGAGGACUGAAGAUUGAUGAUGGUGACCAAGGUGACAAUGAUGAUGUCAUCAGGCCCCCCCCCCCCCACACACACACACACUCGUGUUGUUGACGUGAUUGACAGCCGUCAUGCCGAGACGAGAACGAAUGUCGCGCCACGUGAGCUCGAGGACUGACAUGCUUUUUGCUUUCCCUUUUUUUUCUUUGUGUGUUUUUGGGGUUGUGAGGUCACCACAUUCCUUUCCCAGCGCAAAAGUGUGAUGAUGAUGAUGAUGAUGAUGAUGAUGAUGAUGAUGACGAUGACGACGACCGUUGAACAGGAUAUCGUCCAAGUGGGAAAUUGUCAAAGAGGAGAUGUUACAACACUUGACAAAAAGUUGACACGUCCAAUAGAGUUAAGCGAUUUGCUCAAAAGCCAACACUUUAGAUUGGUUACUAAUUGUAAAAUAAUAGCAAAAUAAAUCACAGAUUGAUUUGUGAAAAAUGCCAGCGAUAUAUUUGAAUGUACUAGUUGUAGACGUGGCGGCACGGCGUACCCCGCCUCCUGCCCGAUGAUAGCUGGGAUAGACUCCGGCACGCCCGCGACCCGCGUCAGGAGGAGCGGCUCAGAAAAUGGACGGAUGGAUAGUUGUAGACGUCACAAUGAUGAUAAAACAGCUAAGACAAGCGUGUGUUGACAGUAAUGAGAUAUGGGCGUGGCUUCUUAAGCAUUUUUUUAGCAUGGUUAGCCUGUAGCAUUGUGAUUAAAAUCUCAUAAAAUGCAGAAAGUGAAAUCAUGUCUCGCCUCCUGUGUAGAAAUGAGGGUGGCCGUUUUUCCAUUGUGGUCUGAUGACGUCUGAGGCUGACGGGUUAGCCAGGAAACAAGCAGCCCCCCCCCCAAAAAAAAAACCAACUUCAUCCUUCAAUCCAUUUUCUGAGCCUGACGCCCACGUCGCUCAGCGGGCCGGGCCCCGCCUUUUACAGCUGUACACGCACAAAAGUCACAAGUCACAGAUACUACAUUGGAAGGCGUCCACGCGCGCAUCCCCGUGGCGCCGCCGUAUCCUCCGAUGAGCGCGGGGCCGCUCCGCCGUAGCUCAGCAGCCUCAGCGUCGCGCGGCCGAGUCCUCGCGGGGGUCGCCCCGGGACCCCUCUAGCCGGCCGGCAUGCCGUCGUCGGCUCGGGCGGGGAGCCUGAAGGACCCCGAGGUGGCCGAGCUCUUCUUCAAGGAAGACCCCGAGAAGCUCUUCUCCGACCUGCGCGAGAUCGGCCAUGGCAGCUUCGGCGCCGUCUACUUUGCACACGACGUGCGCACCAACGAGGUGGUGGCCAUCAAGAAGAUGUCGUACAGCGGGAAGCAGUCCAACGAGAAGUGGCAGGACAUCAUCAAGGAAGUGAAGUUCCUCCAGAGGAUCCGACACCCCAACAGCAUCGAGUACAAAGGAUGUUACCUGCGCGAGCACACGGCCUGGCUGGUGAUGGAGUAUUGCCUGGGCUCGGCCUCUGACCUCCUGGAAGUUCACAAGAAGCCUCUGCAAGAAGUGGAGAUCGCCGCCAUUACCCACGGUGCACUGCAGGGGCUGGCCUACCUGCAUUCGCACAACAUGAUCCACAGGGACGUGAAGGCGGGAAACAUCCUGCUGACGGAGCCGGGGCAGGUCAAACUGGCCGACUUUGGCUCCGCCUCCAUCGCCUCGCCCGCCAACUCCUUCGUGGGGACGCCGUACUGGAUGGCGCCCGAGGUGAUCCUGGCCAUGGACGAGGGCCAGUACGACGGGAAGGUGGACGUCUGGUCUUUAGGCAUUACGUGUAUAGAACUAGCCGAGAGGAAGCCGCCCUUGUUUAACAUGAACGCCAUGAGUGCCUUAUACCACAUAGCGCAGAACGAGAGUCCCACGCUGCAGUCCAGCGAAUGGACGGAUUACUUCUGCAACUUCAUCGACUCUUGCCUGCAGAAAAUCCCGCAGGACCGCCCGCACUCGGACGACAUGCUCGGCCACGCGUUCCUGCAGCGCGAGCGUCCCGACUCGGUCCUGAUGGACCUCAUCAUGAGGACCAAGGACGCCGUGCGCGAGCUGGACAACCUGCAGUACCGCAAGAUGAAGAAGAUCCUCCUGCAGGAGGCCCACAACGGACCCGCGCCAGAAGCCCCCGACCCAGACGAGGAGCUGGAGGCGGGCGGCGGGCGCACGGGCACGGUGAACAGCGUGGGCAGCAACCAGUCCACCCCCAGCAUGUCCAUCAGCGCCAGCUCGCAGAGCAGCUCCGUCAACAGUCUCAACGACGCGGCGACGGCGGCGGCGCACGACAGCCGCAGCGAGCUCGAGCUCAUGGACGGAGACCACACCGUCAUGUCCAACAGCUCCGUCAUACGCCUCAAGCCCGACGAAGAGGGGGAGACGUUCUCGGGGGAGCAGGCGUCCGGCGCUCAGCCUUCGGAGGCUUCGGCGGCGGCGGCGGCGGGGGCGGCUCCCAGGAAGCAUCAGCGCAACAGAGAGCACUUCGCCACCAUCCGCACCGCCUCCCUGGUGACACGCGAGAUGCAGGAGCACGAGCAGGACUCGGAGCUGCGCGAGCAGAUGUCGGGCUACAAGCGCAUGCGGCGGCAGCACCAGAAGCACCUGAUGGCGCUGGAGAACAAGCUGAAGGGCGAGAUGGACGAGCACCGGCUGCGCCUGGACAAGGAGCUGGACGGCCAGAGGAGCGGCUUCGCCCAGGAGAUGGACAAGCUGCUCAAGAAGCACCACGCCGCCCUCGACAAGGACCUGAAGACGUUCAGCAACGACGAGAAGAAGUUCCACCAGCACAUUCAGGUGCAGCAGAAGAAGGAGCUCAGCAGCUUCCUGGAGUCGCAGAAGCGCGAGUACAAGCUGCGCAAGGAGCAGCUCAAAGAGGAGUUGAGCGAGAACCAGUCGACUCCGAAGAAGGAGAAGCAGGAGUGGUUGUCCAAGCAGAAGGAGAACAUCCAGCACUUCCAGGCUGAGGAGGAGGCCAACCUGCUGAGGAGGCAGAGACAGUACCUGGAGCUGGAAUGUCGGCGCUUCAAGCGCAGGAUCCUCAUCGCCAGGCACAACGUGGAGCAGGACCUCGCCCGAGAGGAGCUGAACAAGCGUCAGACGCAGAAGGACCUGGAGCACGCCAUGCUCCUCAGGCAUCACGAGUCCAUGCAGGAGCUGGAGUUCCGGCACCUGGCCGCCAUCCAGAAGGCUCGCGCCGAGCUCAUCCGCACGCAGCACCAGACGGAGCUGACCAACCAGCUGGAGUACAACAAGAGGAGAGAACGAGAGCUGAGGCGCAAACACUUCAUGGAGGUCCGGCAGCAGCCCAAGAGCCUCAAGUGUAAGGAGCUCCAGAUCAAGAAGCAGUUCCAGGAGACGUGCAAGACUCAGACUCGUCAGUACAAAGCUCUGCGCAACCAUCUUCUGGAGAGCACGCCCAAGUGCGAGCACAAGGCGGUGCUGAAGAGGCUGAAGGAGGAGCAGACGCGCAAGUUGGCCAUCCUGGCAGAGCAGUACGACCACUCCAUCAACGACAUGCUCUCCACGCAGGCCCUGCGUCUGGACGAGGCUCAGGAGGGCGAGUGUCAGGUUCUGCGCAUGCAGCUGCAGCAGGAACUGGAACUGCUCAACGCCUACCAGAGCAAAAUCAAAAUGCAGACGGACGCUCAGCACGACAAAGAGAGGCGAGACCUGGAGCAGCGAGUCAGCCUCAGGAGGGCGCUGCUGGAGCAGAAGAUCGAGGAGGAGAUGCUCUCUCUUCAGAACGAGCGUUUGGAGCGCAUCCGUUCUCUCCUGGAGCGGCAGGCCCACGAGAUCGAAGCCUUCGACUCAGAGUCCAUGAGGUUGGGCUUCAGCAACAUGGUCCUGGCCAACGUCGCCCCCGACUCACAAGGGGGCUGGGGCGGCGGCGGGGGGACCCCGGGGGGCGGCCACUGGCCCGCCGGAGGAGGCCAUCGCGGUCACCACCACCAGGGCGGCCCCCGGCAGCCCUGGGCCCAGCCCGCCGUGGCCGGGGCGCCGCCCCCCUGGAGCCUCCAUCCCCCGGCGGGCGGCGGCCAGAGGGGGGGCGCGGGGGCCGGGGUGGUGAGGAACAGUCCCCAGGCCCUGAGGAGGACGUCAUCGGGAGGGAGGGGCGAACAGAGCAUGAGCAGAAGCGCGAGCAUCGCCUCCAACGCCUCGCACCUCUCCUACACAUGACGCGCACCUGACAUCGCCAUGGCAACACAAGGGUCACCCACCGCGUGGCUCGCAGGAAGUGGCGGAAACUCAAAAGCUGGAUCCGAGAUAGAUUCAAGUCAGCGUCACGCUGGUAUCGUGUCUGCUCGGUAGGGAUGGGCGAAGACGGCCUUAUUUCGAGUGAUCCGGUACUCGGUAAGGCUGCCGAUGCCAGCCACCGACACGUCAGGCAAAAUUAAUCUGACAUUGACUUAGUCCUCCUCGCCGGCGAGUCGUCGUGUGCUUCCAAAAGGUCACAGUCAUGUCAUUGUGUUCGUUGGAAUUUGAUGUAUCCAAAGUACGAGCGGUAUCGGAGAGUAUUCAAGAGCGACUACUCCAACUGCUAUCGGUCUGAAAAAAAGCGCUAUCAAACAUCCCUACUAGAAGCUAAGAGCACUAUGCUAGCCACUUGGUAGCAUCAUGCUAGUGUCAUGUCUGCCAUUUUAGCACCAUGCUAAAGCCAUUUCAAUGUCAUGACUGCCAUGUUAGUGCGAUGUCAGUGCCAUGCUAAUCUCUCGUUAACGCCGUAUUAGCGUUUUUUCUGUCAUGUUAGCAUCAUGCUAGUGUUAUACUAAGUGUCAUGUAUGCCGAGAUAGCAUCAUAGUAGCGUCCUUGCUGCCAUUUUAGUGUUACAUGACUGUUAGCCACUUGUUAGUUAUUUGCUAGUUUCCGUUCAGCGUCAUGUCUGCCAAACUAGCAUCAGGGUCGCGCGAGUCUCCUGUUAGCGUCCCGUCGGUUUGUGUGGGGGAAAAAGACGACGUUUAGGCAGAGCUAGCGUAGCGAACAGCUAACCGUGUCGUUCCGAUGUUAGCUGUUGACUUUCCGCUAAGUCCUGCGUUAGCCUCAUUCACAGCAACACCCUAAGAACACGUCGAUAGGGCGUGAUGCAUUUGUUUUUACAAUUUGAAAAGAAUUCCCAAGUCUGUGGCAUAUUUUGGUCACUUAUGCCACGAAAAUGCCGAAUGUCGUCGAGCCUUUCUGCCGAGUCACUGGCUGAGAAACUCAAAUGUAUUUUGCGACAAAAAUGGCUCACAUAUUUGCACAGAAAAGAUGGAAACGUUGACGGAAUGUCAAUUUUGCAACAGAAACGACAUUUGGCAACAAAAAAACAAGAAUGCUGGAUUUUGCGAUGGAAUACUGCGCUGCAAAAUGACGAGACGGCGGCGACAACUUGCUUGUUUUACUUGAACUGUAAAACAAAACAUUUGGACUCAAGUCGUUUUUGCGUCCUAUGCGCAGGAGGCCAUGCUGUGAUUGGCUGCUGUGCUCCUCCUACCUUCCUAGCUUCUGAUUUCCAUAGCUUCCUUCCAUCCCACCAUCCUAGUUUCUUUCCCGCCGAGCUUCCUAGCUUCUGAUUUUCCUACAUCCUACUUUGUUAGCCUCCUCGCUUCCUAGUUUCUGACCUUCUUCCCCUACGACCCUCCUAAGUUCCAAUCCUUCCCUGUCGUGACGCCCUGCUCCGCGUCACCUUCCUCACCAUCCGCCACGCCCUCCCCGCCCCCUGGCAACAAAAUCAAGACAGAAUCUGUUAGCGGCUUUCUCCUGUCAAUCAAAGUGUAAAUAUGUACAUGAAGAUAACAAUCGAGUGAUGUCACGGGUGCAAUGUACAGUCAAACAUGUUCAUAUUGUAAAUCGUGUCAAAGAUUUAACGGGAAAUCUACGGACAAAACAACGGCGACAUCUGCUAGCUUGCGCGCUCGCCCAAACCAAUCGGCGCGUCUGUUGUGGCCCCGCCCCCCCCAAGCUGUGCUGAAGCGCGUCCCGUAUUCUUUGCUGUCGUCGGUGGAAGCAGAAAAUGGGACGGAAGGUCACGUUGCGCAAGAGACAAGUUGAGAAGAUGAGAAGGAAAUGUUGCCAUUGGCUUUGUUUCUGUUGGAAGAGGGCGACUGGAUAAAGAAUUCUGUGUAAUAAAGUCCUUUUUUUUUUA